AUGGCGUUUUAUUUCUUUAACGAUGAGAAAAUGUCGAUUUCAUCGAAGGCAAUCGAAUUAAUCGGAGACAUGAUCGACCGGCACCGGGGCAGCUUCAACCUCGUGAAGUUUUACUUCAUCGGCAACACCGCCGCCGUCUUCAUGGGGGCCCUGCUGAUGUCCUUCUGGGGCGAGUCCCUGCCGCACAUCGGCCGGCUGAUCCGGUACGGCCGAACGGGCAGAGGCACUCGCGACAUCUGGGGCUUCAACAUCCCCAAAUCCAGAUUCAGGCAUUUCUACAUCGUCGCUACCAUCGUAUUCACCGUCAUCCUCUGUCACGUCACUUGCUUCUAUGUAUUCGGAUUCAAAGUGCCUAGUUUUUAUAUGGAUUUCAUCGAGUCGAUCACCCAUCCUAACCGGAAAGUACACGUGAGUGCUACCCACGCCUACGUAGCUAUUCUGUUACUGACAUUGCAAGUGUUCAGGAGAUUCUACGAUACUCAUUAUGUAUCGGUGUUUGGGCUGAAAAGCAGAAUGAACAUCUUCCAUUAUAUUGUAGGGAUGACCUAUUACAUAUUCUUACCGUUUGCGGUCAUCAGCGAGGCUCCGAAAUUCGUGAAGAACGAAACGAAACCCAGCAGUGGAGAUAUCGAUUUUUCUGUGCUAACCGGCUGGGAUUAUGUCGCUAUCGUGGUGUUCUUGUGGGCUUGGUGGCACCAGUACGUGUCUUUCAAGAUUUUGGCCGCUCUGCGGAAGAACCGACAAGGUGAAGUAGUAACGAACGCGUACGAUUUGCCUUGCGGGGAUUGGUUCGAAUAUCUCUCUUGUCCACCGCAAGUCGCUGAAAUAUUAAUGUACUCCUGCUUGACUAUCCUCUUACUUCAUAACGUUACGUGGAGAUACGCUUACUUGUGGGUGUGCACAAAUCAGAUGAUAACAAUUAUCUUUAGUCAUCAAUGGUACAAAAGCAGGUUCCAGAGAUAUUACCCGGAAGAGAGGAAACUUUUGAUUCCUUUUAUUUAUUAA